CCAAACAUCCGAACCUCAACCACACCAAAUACAAAACGAAACCAAGAGAGAGAAAAAAAAAACACUACACUUUCUAGAGAGAGAAAAAAAGAACAAAACAAAACCAAACCCAUUCUCUUUCUAGUUUUCUAGUGAGAGAAAGUAGUUGGAUUCUAGAGAGAGAAACAAUGGUUCAAGUCGCUAAGAGGAAGAAAGGAAGGCCAUCAAAGGCGGAUCUAGCUCGCCGCGUCGCCGAAUCUCAGGCCGCCGCCGCAACGGAAUCUGAUUCACGGCGGAGUCUCCGCCGCAAGAACGUGAGGUAUAAUAUAAUCGAAUACGACGGUGAUUAUGUUGAUGAUGACGAAGAAGAUGAGAGGAAGCGCGAGAAGAAGAAAUUGAAAUUGAUGGCGAAGCUGCAGCAGGAGGAACGAGAAGAAGAAUUGGAAGAGAAUGAAGAUCACGCGCCAAUGGAAGAAGAUGAAGAAGAGAUUGGUGAAAUUGAAGGUGGAGAAGAAAAUGAAGAUGUAGAAGAAAAAGUUGAAGAAGAUAGUGCGAUAAAGGGUACAAAAGUUGAUUCAAAAGGGCUCCACUUUGUUUCUGUUUCAGGAACUCCAGCCAAUUAUCCGAAUGGGAUUCCGUUGCCUGAUAGGAAGAUUUUGGAAGUGAUCCUUGACAAGCUUCAGAAGAAGGACACGUAUGGUGUUUUUGCGGAGCCGGUUGAUCCUGAAGAGCUUCCUGAUUAUCACGAUGUGAUUGAGCAUCCCAUGGAUUUUGCUACGGUGAGGAAGAAGUUGGCGAAUGGAGCUUACCCUACGUUAGAGCAACUUGAGAGUGAUAUAUUUUUAAUUUGCUCAAAUGCAAUGAAAUACAAUGCACCGGAGACUGUAUACCACAGACAGGCACGAACAAUACAAGAACUUGGGCGGAAGAAGUUUGAGAAGUUAAGGAUUAAAUUCGAACGUACACAGGUUGAGUUAAAAUCAGAACAGAAAACACGGUCUAAUUCUUUGGUUAAAAAGUCAUUGAAAAAGCCACCGAGUUGUGCCUCACAAGAAUCUUUUGGCUUUGAUUUAUCCUAUGGAGAUGUACAGGCAAGUUCCUAUCCAAUGCAAGGUGGUAGCUGUGAGAGGCCUGGCAACAUUGAUGGUACUGUGGAAGGGAAUGCUUUCAUGAUUGAUGCAAAUCAAGAUAAAGCUGAAGAUGUUAUGUCAGGGAAGAAUAUGGUCUCUAAGAUGGGAAGGAAGUCAUUUGUGCUUGACGAUAAUCGUCGUGCAUCAUAUAAUAUGUCUAAUCAACCAAUCAUUAGAACAGAUUCAACAUUUAUGACCUUUGAGAGCGGAAUGAGGCAGCUGGUUACUGUUGGCAUCCAUGCUGAAUAUUCCUAUACUAGGAGUUUGGCUCGUUUUAGUGCAUCUCUAGGACCUGUUGUUUGGAACAUUGCUUCCAACAGGAUUCAACAGGCACUUCCUGCUGACUGUAAAUUUGGUCGUGGAUGGGUUGGAGAGUAUGAACCGAUUCCAACCCCGAUAUUUAUGCUUGGUAAUAAUCUCCAGAAAGAAACUAGUUUGAUUAUGAAGUUGAACGGUGACAAAAAUGGUAAGGGUGUGGAACCCAAAACUGAACAUCCUGUAAAUGGACGGAAGCUUGAGGGAAAACAUUCUUCAGAUUGUCCUACCAAUGGUACUGUAUACGAAGGAAAUCCUUCUAUUGGUUUUAAUGGAGUGAAGUUCAAUGCUUCUCUCAACAUCCCCAAUCAGCAGAAUUCCCAAUCUAGGAAUUUUGGCAAUUCUGAGAACAAGAGCUUGAAUAAAGUGGAGCUGAAAUCCUUACCCUCCAGUAAUCAAAAUAAUUCCAGUGUGGUUGCAAAGUUUGGAAGUAAUACUCCUACAGCAGAGUCUAAUCCCAAAGAGAGUGCACCUAGGAACUUGAAUUCUUUGCCAUCUACAACUUUCAAGCAGCCAGAUACUAAUGAAGUUGUUAGCGGAGAAUUGCCUGACGGAAAAGUCAUGAAUACAAGCUUGAAUAGACGGUUGACUGGUCCAUCAUCUGAUAGUACAACAAACCAAACAAUCAGAACAGCUCCUUUUGUUUCCCGUGGGCAGGAGCAGGGUCUCAGUGAACCACUUCAGUCCAUGAGAAUGUUCACAGAAGAGGCUCAAAAGCCACAGACUUCUAAUUAUUCACCAGUUGAUACUCUGCCAGACAAACCAUCAGCUCAAUCUGGACAAAGAGAUACCCCGGGCAAUGCUUCUGUGGCAGCUGCCCAGGUAUGGAUGUCUGCAGGGGCAGGAGGGUUUAAUCUAGGACCUGAGAAUACUGGUUCAUCCAAAAAUCAGAUUUCUGCAGAUUCUUUUCACAAUACAACGAGAGAGUUCCAUCAGCAUAUUUCACGAAUUCAGGGUGAGUUUCCGUCUAGUGGAAUGUCUUUACAGUCUAAUAAGAACAAUCUUCCAUUUCAUUCACCUAGACCUCAACCUAUUCACACAGGUGCCGUUUCACAGUUCCCCAACCAACCUAUGGUAUCCCCUCAAUCAACAACCGCGGGCCGACCUACAUUUCAAAUGCAGUCCCCUUGGAGAGGUCUCAGUCCUCGAAGCCAAUCAAGGCAAAAACAGGGAACCCUUCCGCCUGACUUGAAUAUUGAUUGUCAAUCUCCAGGGUCACCUGCAAAAUCUUCUAGCUCACAGCAACCAGACCUAGCUUUGCAACUAUGAAGCGUCAUUGUGUCAUGGUUUGGAUUUAUUGACAGGAAUUGGACUGGUGGGAUUUGCAGGUGGAAUUUGCAGAUCCUGUUAUCGGAUGCUGAGUUUUGAUCCUAAAAGGCUUGAAUAAAUGUGAGAAAGCAAAUAGUUUGCCUGGAUUGGAUUUAGCACAAGAUGGUCCUGGAUCAAAAUGAGUUUGCAAGUUCAGAAGACAUUGGUGAAUAUGUUUAAAAAUAACACAAUGACAUGCCGUCAAUUCAAGAUAGUGCAUGUCAAUUGAUUAUGAUCAGUAGGUAGCAGGCAAAAGUAUUAACGAUGUCUUGUAUAUUGUGGAUCUGGAUUGCUGGCUGGCGGCUGUAAUAUAAGCACGCAGUUGCACGCUGUAAACGGUCUCAGCCAUCAAUUUGAGAUCGGACGAUUCAGAUUACCCAAUAACAAAAUCAGCUUGAAACAAUCUCGUCCGUUAAUUUGAGAUCGAACGGUUGAGAUGCAAAACUGCAUCAGUGACGCAAUAAACGCACCAAAUCCAAAUUCUUGUAUUGUAUACUAAUUGAUGAAAUUAGUUUGCCUAGAUAUUUCUUCAUUUGAGGAUUAGUACUUUGGACUACUACUACUACAUUUGUAUCAUAAUUGAUAAUAGGACAUCUUUAAUUAUGUUAUUAAUUUGUACAUGUGAGUUAGUUGUUACUAAUGGAAAGCUACUAAUUGUUUCUUUUGGCUAA